AUGUUUUCUGUAUUGAGUUUGUGUAUUCUUAUGGCCUCUGGUAUGUUAAAGAGCUUAAUUUGUGAAAAAAUCCAACGAAAUUAUUCCGAAUGUAAUCAAUCAUGGAAUGUACUGAGUGAAGUUAUCAAACAAGUUAAACAAGAAUGUUUUGAACGUGUAAACAGUUUAGAACAAGAAAAUUUAAUUCUGCAACAACGUUACAGAGAACUAGAAGAAAAGGUAUUACCUUUGACAAAUUCAUUGAAUGGACAAGAAAAAAAUCUUAAAGAAUGUUUAAAAUUAUUCUGCGCCAAUUUGAAUAAUCAUUCAACUGAAUUGAAUUUCCCGCCAAAUCAUCCUCCAUCCAAUCCAAUAAUUGAACAACUAAUCAACCUCUUACUUUAUACAAAUUUAUCUCAAAAAGAUAUCUUACUUAAUUGUCAUCAAUUGCAUAAACGUGUAGUUCAAUUAGAACAAAUCAAUUCUAUUCUAUGUUCAAUUCUAUGUGAUGAAGAAUUCAUUUCAACAUUGAAUAAGAAACAUUUAAAUGAUGAGAAUACACAUGAAAUUCAUCGAAAAAAAACUUAUCAUCAUCAUUCAUUAGACGUGGAAGAUAUAACCAAUGUGGAAUUAUCAAAAUUAUAUCAAAAAUUAAAAACUUUAUCGAAAAAAUCAUUCAAUUUAUCAAAUAAAACAAUACAUUCCUAUUUGAAACAUUUUACACUGCCAACAAAACAUUCAUUACGCAUAAAUUAUCAUUCAGCUGAUAGUUUAUUUGUACAUACUACUGAAACUACUGAAAAACUGGGAGUCACCGUAUCAGACAAUAAUUUAAUGAGUAACAGUAUGCAUAAAGAUCCAAUUCAUUGCAUAAAUGUGAAUUUGGAUGAUAAGUAUGUACAAAAUUCAACGAAUGUUCAUGAAUUAUUGUCUUUAUCAAAUAAAUGUUCACUACAUAAACAACCGUUGCAUUAUUCAACUAUGGAGACUGUGGAAGCACAACAACACCAACGGAAUUUAAGAAUAUUUAACUGGAUACAAUCUAAAUCGCUGCCUAAUUUAAAAACAAAUUCACCACUAACCAAUAUUGAUUCCAUCAUGAAAGAGACUUGUUCACGAGCGAACUCUCUCAACUUAUUAACUGAUUAUUCUUCAUUCGAACAUACGCAUGAACAAAUUAUGAUAUCAUCAGAAAAUUUAUUAAAAUCUAAUCAAGAUUUGAAUAUUUUCAAAAGAUCAUCACAUCAUCAUACAUUAGCCCAGAAUAUUAACACUUCACUCGUAGAUAAAGCUAAACAUGACCUACAUUGGUUAAAUAAACCAUUGCCUAAAGGAUGGAUACAGCUGCAAGAUUUACCACAUAGUGGAUUUCCACAUGAAACCAUUGGAACACACAGUCAUAUGAUAUUAGGAUCAAGAAGUCUACCAUUAUUAUUACUAGUGAAUAAACCAAUUGGAAAUUGUGAAAAACCCGCCAAUUCUAAUUUCACUCUUUCAUCAACCAACAAUUCGCAUGCAUUUCGUAGUUUACAUGUGAACAGUGUUCAAUUGAAACCGAUUAUGGAAGUUGAUUCUGGUCCGUCAAGUUUUCAUGAAUCACUUGCUAAUCAUACUACUGCUACUAAUACUACUACUAAUAAUAAUAAUGAUAUGAAUAAAAGUGACAAUCAUUCAAAUGUCAAUUAUUCUAUUGAACAGAAUCAUGAAGAAAAGGUGAAUCAUUCUAGUAGACAAUCAAAAGAUUCUGUAACAUUGAAUCAUAAAAGUAUGGAAUUUCUCUCCAAUUCCAAACAUAUUUUAUGCAGAGAUCAAAAACUCCGUUAUCAUUAUCCAUUACGAUCGACAAUGAUCAAUACAUCCAAUACAUUAUCAACAACAACACAUCAACAAUUAAUUCGUAGUUAUGAUUUAGAAACACAUUUAAAUUAUCAUGAUACAUUUCGUAAAUUGCGUAAUGCACAUAAAGAUUUAUGUUACAGUGUAUUUAGUGAUACUGAACUGUUAACUGGUAAAUUCACCAUUACAUCAACUGAUGAUUCAGCUAUUGACAGUGGUGAAGAUGAUGAUUUUCACAGUUCCAUAGAUUCAUUAUAUAAUAUAAAAAAUUAUUUAAUCAAAUCAUCAAGUAUAAAAACCAAUAAUUUAAUUAAUAGUAUUAAUAAUAAUAAUAACGAUAAUAACAAUAACAAUCAUGAAGAUAUUAGUAAUAAUAAUCAUAAUCUUGUUAAUAAAUUGAAAAUGAAACCAAACUUGUCAGGCAAUGAUUUAAACAAACAAUUGACUCCAUUGAAUAUUGAAAUGAAAAAAUUGAAUGUUGAAAACGUGGAUGAAAAUGAGAAGACAGUUGUUCUAUGUGAUGAUGAUAAACAGAAAAGUACUGAAUGCAGCAAUGAUGCAAUACUACAGAAUCUCAAUCCAUCAACGGAUUUGAACAAUGUUUCCGAAUGUAGAAAACACUUGUUGGUUUGUAAAUCAGCGGAAAAUUCUUCUAACACUGUAACACAUUUCGCCAAUGAUUCACAGUGUAAUUUGAAACUGAUUGCUCCACCUCCUGUGGUGAUCUAUCGGAGAAGAUUUCAAAAGCUUACAUCGAAACGAAUGUCAAAAUUAACUGAUCGACAGAAAUCUUCAAAUUGUAAUAAUUUCGAUGAAAUAAAAUCAUCGGUGAAUAAGACUGAGAAUAUGCUAAGUACUGCUACGAUUGUUGAUAGUCGUCAAUUGACUAAUACAGAAGAGAAACAUUCCAGUAUAACUUCUAACAACAAUACAGAGAAAGUUUUACAGCACACUGAUUUAAUCUCAUCCAAUCAACAACCACUUCUUACAUGUUCAUCAUCCUUAUUGAAUCCUACUACAAUUGAGAAACAGUCACAAAUUGGCAAACUUGACAAUAAUCCUACAGGCAAAUCGUUAUUUUUCCGAUCGAAACAAUUUCCCACUAGUAAACUAUUAUCGCCGUCUCAUAAUACCAAGUUACGAUUAUCACAAUUGGAUAGUAGUAAUACUACUACAACAAGUAUUCCAACUUCAUCAUUAACUGCUUCAUGUUCAAAUGCUAUAAAAAGUUUUGUACAUGAAAAAUCCAUGUCUAAAUUGAAUUGUAUCUCGGCAUCGAUGACAGUGAAAACCUCAGUAACAACCACAACAACAACAAAUCAUGUCAGUAGUAAGUCGACCAACAACAACAACAACAACAACAUAGUAACCUCUCCUGAAAUACGUCAUCUUAAACAUAGUCUAGUGAAAUCUUCUGUCAACAACACAUCAACUAAUCUCAAAGAUAUGAAAACCAAUUCAAAAUCAUCUCCAACAUCACCAACUUCAUUUAAAACGAACACUUCUUCUUCUUCCGCUUCUUCUAAUGGUAUUUUCUCAUCAUCUUCAUCAUCAAUGCUUAUUGAUAAUAAGACGAAUUCAACUGAGAAAAUUCCAAAGACUUCAAUCGGUUUAUGUUCGUCAACAAACACUACAACUGUGAUCGAUUCAUUGAAAAAAAUCAAUAAAAUGAUGAGUAGCAGUAGUAAACCGAAAGUUCACUCUGAAAAACUACAUCGACGUACUACACUCGGUGGUAAUCAUGCAUCAAUCGAAUGUGAUAAAACCAUACCUUCCACAGGAAUACCACCGCCUAUUCCACCACGUACAACAUCACGAUCACAAACAUAUCAAGGUAAAAUGGUCAUAUUAAAACCGAAAUGUCUUAGUGUCACAAAUAGUCCUUAUACAUCGAUAAAAGAUUCUGUUGAUUAUUCAACAAACAAUCAUGUAAAGAAUCAUGCAUCACUUUUAAAUUCUUUAAAAAAUGAAAAUGAAAAAUUCAAUAAUAUUCAUCAAACACAAAAUGAAUCAUCUUUGAAUGAAUUGAAUAUUGUGAAUAAUGACACUCAUUCAUUGUUAUCUUUAACUCCACAAUGGAAACGUUUAAAUCAUUCAAAAAUAGUCACAACUAGUGGAACAACUCAUAAACGUUCUACAGAAGAACAUUCAUUGAUUAAAUCACCAAUUACUUCAGCAUUAACAGCAUCAGUGAUCAGUUUGUCAACAUGUGAUGACAAUGUUUUAUUGAAUUCGUCAACUCAUACUACUAACAAAAUUAAUGAACAGUAUAAAAAUUCACACCAAAUAAAUUCGAUGGAAUUAAUUAAUGAUGGCCAAAAUGAACUAGGUGGAUUAAUCUACCCAGUGAAUUAUGCCAUGAAUUAUUAUAAUCGAACAAUAGAUAAUACUGAUUUUCAUGCACAGUUAAAUACUACCACUACAAUAACAACAUCAAUUACACCGAUAGAAGGAGAUAAUAGAUUAACGGAAACUUCACAACUACAACAUCAACAAAAAUCCCCAUCAUCAUCAUCAUCAUCGCAUUUACACAAACAAUCCUACCAUUCUUAUUCGCAUUAUCCUUACAUUCAAAGUCAACAUUCUCAACAUACACAUCAUCAUGUUCAUCAUAAUCAUCAUCCUCAUCCCACACAUCAUUCUCAUUCACACCAACAGCAUCAAUCACAGCCACAUUUGCAUUAUUCUCAACAAUCACAACUUUUUCAUCAACCUUUCAAUAUGAAUUCAUUACAUCAUCCAGUCAAUAAUAAUUGUAAUCAUACUACUACUACUACUACUACUACUACUACUACUACUACUACUACUACUUAUAAUCAUAAUAAUAGUAAUACAAUACAAUGUAGUACAAUGCCAGACAAUGUAAUUCACACUAAACAUACAUUAUCAAUGCAUACAAUGAUGAAUAAAAAACUACCAACGUCACUGUUAAAUUAUCAGAAAAAUAAUAGUUUAUUAAAUAAAACAAAAGCUGGUUUGUUUUAA